GAAAUCUGAACAACAAAAUAGCACAGGGCGCAUGGCUGAUCUGACAAUGUGUUGAUGUCAUCAGUCCAUAUUAAUUCUGCAAAGCAACUUGAUAAUAAAGCUGAUCAACAGCGGUAAUAAUGCGGCGUCUGGGUUCAGUGCAGCAGAAGAUUCCAUGCGUUUUCCUGACGGAAGUGAGAGAGGAACCAUCCAGAAAACGCGACUGUCAGCAGUUUCAGGUUGUGGCCACUGAGAAUGUGAACCCUGCUGCUCUGGGAUCAGAUAUCCACUGUGCUGCAGCCACUGAGAAGAUUGACGGCACAUGCUGCUAUGUCACCACAUUCAAUGGGGAACCAUAUCUCUGGGCUCGCCUGGAUCGGAAACCCACCAAGCAGGCGGACAAAAGAUUCAAAAAGUAUCAAUAUUCACAGAAGACCUGUAAAGGGUUUGUGUGGAACAUUAGUGAAGAUUUCAGAGAAGUGCCUGAAUCCUGGAUGGCCGCUCACAGAGUCCAGCACGAGAACGGUCAUCCAGUGCCUGAUGAACACGGACACAUACCUGGUUGGGUUCCGGUGGAUCACACCAACAAGCAGUACUGCUGGCACUCGUCAGUGGUCAACUAUGGCGCCGGUGUUGCUCUUGUCCUGAAGACCCACGGGGAAGAUGAAGGACAGCUUGAAAUCGUCAGCGUUCCUCUGGCAGACCUGAUGGAGCAAACACUUGAGCUUAUCGGCACCAAUGUUAAUGGAAAUCCAUAUGGUUUAGGAGAUAAGAAGCAUCCAGUCCAUGUCCUGGUUCCCCACGGAGUGCUGCGCAUCCGGAACCCUCCAGUGGUAGAAUUCCAGCAGCUUUGUUCCUGGUUUCAGGAAUGCCAUGAGGGGCGAGUGGAGGGCAUUGUUUGGCACUGUGACGAUGGGAUGCUGAUCAAGAUUCACCGCCAUCAUCUGGGUCUAAAGUGGCCAGUUGCCGACACUUUCCUGAACACCAGGCCGGUGGUCGUUCAUGUUGACGAAUCAGAUGCUGAUCCAUGUGCUUCCGAGAAGGACUUGUUUAAAUCGUUCUCCAGCAUAAACGGACAAACGUUCAGCAGCGUGCGGGACAUUCAGUUUGAACCCUGAUCACAUAAAAUUAAACUACCCAACAUUCCUUCUAAAUCUGGCUUUGUCCAGAGUGAAGAACCUUCGCCAACACUUUAUAUUUGUCAACUGCCUGUUCGACAUCGUGCUUUUAUAUGCACUUAGGCAUGUGAUGUUUGCUAAUGCUGUGAUUAUAUUUUGCACUUUUUUUCUUUUUUAAAUAGUUAUUUUUUU